AUGAAGAUUCAAACUUCAUUUCCAACCUUGUUGAUGCUGUUGUCAGCUAUCAGUGACGUCUCCAGUGGAAAACCACUUUUUAUACCACAUCUCAGAGGCAGAGAUGCUCAACAGUCUGGCUCAUCCAGUGCAGUCAAAGAGAAUUCAGUCGAACCAGUCUCGUCUGUUGCCGCAAAUACCUUGAGUGCUCCUACUACCUUGCCUACCACAGCACCAUCUACUACAGCUGGUGCUUCUCAUCCUCCAGAGACGACGACGACGACAACUGGCCUGCUGCCUGCGACAAGUACUGGUGCUAGCCAGCCUACUACACAUGCCGAGUCGACUGCAGCAAGCGGUACAACCGUUCCCAGCGCAGCAACUGGGACAGGCACUAUUGGUGCUUCCAGCCAACCUACAACGCACGCCGAAUCAACCGCGACAAGUGGCACAACUGUUCUCAGCUCACACGUCGGGACUGGCACUACUGGAGCUGCAGACAAUACCACACCUGGUGCGGCCCCAACAACUACGUUUCCAGCUUCUACUGCUGCGUCUUCUGCUGUUUCAGCUGUGACCUCAACCACACCCUUGACACCUCACUCUGACCCUCAUCCUACUACGCCUUUGUCUUCCACGGUGGCUUCAACCUUUAUGACAACCUCAUCACCACCUCCUACAUCAGAGCAUACUUCUACUGGGUCAAGCUCAGCCGUGAUCAAGGCUUCCAGUGCAUCCGCUAUCCCUGCCCAUAGCGAAGCAACAAUGACAACGUCGCCGACGAGGAAACCUGACAGAGGCUCAAUUACAUCCUUGUCUACGCCCCUACCACAACCAAGUAAAGGCGCGUCAAGCAAGGCCACUACCUUGACAAGUUUGCCUUCUGCGUCUGCUGUUUCGAGCCAUAGCUCAAGUAGUCACCACCCCCAUCACCCUACCGUUGAUGCAAGCCCAACUACGACAACGACAACGACAACACCGACAAGGACACCUGACAGAGGCUCAAUUACAUCGUUAUCUACACCGUUGCCGCCACCAAGUAGCAAGGCGUCAAGCGCGACUACUACCCCAACCAGUCUAUCUUCUGCGGCUGCUGCUCCGAGCCACAGCUCAAGCAGUCACCACCCCCAUCACCCUACCAUUGACGGAAGCCCAACUACGAGAACGUUUGGUUCAAAUACUGCUGGAACAAUACCAGGAGCUUCUAGUGUAGUCAACCCGACCACUUCCCCUUUCAGCCCUCAUACAGCAGGUGCUUCGAGCUUGGCUGGAUCGAGCGCAGCAAGUAUAACGACUACUGCUGCUUCAUCUGUCAUCUCUACAGACGUUCCGGAUACAACUUAUGCAGCUCCUUCCAGUACGGACAGUUAUCCGGUGACUAGUCAAUGGUCUAUUCCGUCUGCUACUUCAACGGUCAAACCACUUUCUCAAGGGGGAGUGCCGCCUGCCACGCCCACUUCGUCAGGGUUGGCAGUGCUUGGUACUUCUGGGCUCUCGACUGUAAUUGAUUCGUCUACGGUACCCGCUGCUGUCUCCGCGUAUGAGCCGUCGACGACAAGCGCGACAUAUAGAGCACCUAAAUUUUCAUCCACUGCUGUUGUCCCUACAUAUGGACCAUCUACAACAACAGCGUACAGUGCGCCAGCGGUUCCAACAACAGUUGCGUCUUCGACUUCCCAACCAUCUGAAGCAGCGCGCAGCUCAUACUCGUACUCACCAGCUAUUGUCCCAACGUCAACUUCUCCAGAAAACCCAGCAGGAUCGACAUUCGGACCUAGCAUGACAUCGGCGUUCAGCGUCCCCACCGUGAACCCGACUACUCACAGCAGUACUUCCAUACCUGAGAACACUGUCAAACCGGUCCCGGGAGUUGACAUUAGCACUGUAAUCACAAGCGCAAUCUCAAUCCCAUCGGUGGUCAUUGCAAGCUCAACGUCAACCACUUUCGUUCCCGCAGGAGUUCCAACGACUGCAUAUGGACAAGACACUAGCAUCGAUUCAGCACCAUCUCCAGAAGAAGUGCCAGUGACCGCCGUAACGACGACAGGGACAUCCGCAGAACCAACAACAACCGUAAUGAUAUCCCUAACAUCGACCGUAUACGCCACCGUAACCGGCAAACGAACCACAAUAACACCUUCUCUUUCAGCAGCCUAUGCCCAAAACACCGUCGCAAUAGCAAAGAAUCCUUUUGCUAUGGUGACAAACGCUCCCCCUACAUCUACCAAUCUCAACGCCGUACAGGAAACCCCAACGGUGACAGUGACAACUACAACCACAGUGUGGAAGACGUUUACGCCGCCACCAAUUACAUUAACGCAAUUCGUGACCAAGAUUGGUCCUCAGGUUACUGUCACCCAGAUGAUUACGAUGACAGUGACGCCGAAACCGACUGUUAGCCCAAGUCCGAGUCCUAGUAUGAGUGCGCAUCAACAUAAUGUGAUUAAUAUCUAGACUUUCUUUUUCUCUGUCUUUUCUGUUGGGGGUUUUCUUUUGUGAAUGUAUAGCCAGG